AUGGAGAAUAUUGGCAUUUCAAGAAAAACAUCACCUUGUUUUCCUGUCUCUUUUUCUUCUAGGUGGCUUGUUAUAGCAGUUGGUUUAGUCAGAGCAUACCUUGCAACGGGUAGCUAUCAUAAUCUCUAUCAUUCAAUAGAAAAGCCUUUGAAAUUCUUCCAGACUGGAGCUUUGCUUGAGAUCGUGCACUGUGCAGUAGGGAUUGUUCCUUCUUCUGUUGUUUUGACUGCUUUCCAAAUCAUGUCAAGAGUUUUUCUGACAUGGGGCAUAGCCCACAGUGUAAAAGAGGUGCAAAGUGAAGAUAGCAUCCUUCUUUUUGUGGUUGCCUGGACUAUCACAGAGAUCGUCCGUUACUCUUUCUACACCUUUAGUUUGCUAAACCACCUUCCUUAUUUUAUCAAGUGGGCCAGGUAUACUUUAUUCACCAUACUAUAUCCAAUGGGAGUUACUGGAGAAAUGCUCACAAUGUAUGCUGCUCUGCCCUUUAUCAAGAGAUCUGGUUUAUUUUCUAUUAGUUUACCUAAUAAAUAUAAUUUUUCAUUUGACUACUACACAUUUCUGAUCCUGGUUAUGCUAACUUACAUUCCAAGCUUCCCUCAGCUGUAUUUUCACAUGUUACAUCAGAGAAGAAAAGUACUUUCUGUUACUGAAGAACACAAGAAAUCUGAAUAACUCCAACUUCUAUUUAGAGUUGUGCCCAAAUAUGUGUGCAAACAGGAACCUACCCAAAUAUGAACACUCAAUCCAAGUUAUAAAUAAUACAGAGUAGUAUUUUGAGAAACUCAAAAUAAAUGCUUGAUCAACUGCUCAAAUAUUACUAAAGUAAUCAACAGUAGUAAUUUUGGGUAAAAUCAUUACCCUAUGAAAUUGCAUUUCCGGCAUGUCUUGUUAUAGUGAAACCUCUUUUUUAUUUUUUUUUAAGUGUAUCUAUAAUCCGUUGACUAAAAACUAUCAUCACAUGCCUGAUCAUAAAGGUCAUAGAUAAGUAAGUGUGAUGCUUAGAUUAGGAUUAGAAUUUUUUCAAAAUUUGCAUGUCUGACAUUGCAUCAUAACAAUAUUAUCUGGAAUGCU